UGCUGUACGGGCUGAAAUACAUGGAACUAUUCCUACUGGAGCAGGACGAACAUUUCGGGGCAUGGUACAACUACACGUCGGAUACGCGGGAAAGGCUGGCGAAGAACGGGUGGGAUGUAGCACCCGACCCCGACAACAACUGGCACGUCGGGCCGUCAAAAUGCGCGCGGCUGAUGUUCCUUGCGCAGCUACGGAGCAUAGCAAACCUGGGGUAUGGCUCCAACAGUUUGUCUUUCCGAUACUCGCCACAGUCGUUCAAUCUCCCCUGCGAGUGUUUCUGCCAUAGAGUACCUGAGAAACAACCUUCCCGAGCUAAACCACUUCGUGACUUCGUGACUUUGUCGGAUGACAGCGCCCUCGUCGCGAAGGACCGCUCUAUAACGAAAUUCAGGGCGUUGAGGCGUAUGGCGAAGGAGGCGGCCACGGCUUCAAAGGGGAAGCUAGCAGACGCUAUGCUUGAUCCAGAGCGGAAAGAAAUGCCGGCAGACGAGGAGGAGGAUGUCAUGCAAAGGCUGACGGGCGCCCAUGCAAGGGCAGAAUCCCACCUCGAGAGACGCGAAUCUGACUUGAAACGCAUCAUGGGUCAUCAUGUGACCGUUUGAGCGCGCGGAGCAUGCAGCAGAAGGAAACGAAGAGGCGUUCGAUAUCCGCGUGGUGAGCACGUCGAAGUGCGAUACGGUGGAUACAAUCUCAAGUAGAUUUCCCCAACAUUUGCUUGGCGUGUUCGCGACCGCAACACUUUCGCAUAAGCGCAUUACUUGGUGGCACGCAUCCUCUGUGAAGCAUUUCGGAGCAUAGGUAUCUGCUUGAAAACGUCGACCGUGUAGAAGUCACGACCAAUCCAUAAGACUAGCAGACCCUUUGACCAGGCCAGACGUGUUGAGUGAUUGAAGCUUCAAAUAUAUCGUGCCCUUAUGCGACCAACGUCUGGUCGUGUACCUCAGGAUGAGGCGAGAGAAGAAGCACAGCGGAAAGCGGACGCAGCUGCCGAGGAGGCCAGGUCCCGCGACAAACAACAGCAAAGAGGGAGCU